AUGCCGCGACAAAUCCACGAGAUCAAGGACUUCCUCCUGAAGGCGAGAAGCAAGGACGCCAAGUCGGUCAAGAUAAAGAAGAACGCGGACAACGUCAAGUUCAAAGUGCGAUGCAGCCGGUUCCUCUACACGCUCGUCAUCAAGGACAAGGUGAAGGCCGAGAAGCUGAAGCAGUCGCUACCCCCGGGCAUCAGCGUCAAGGAGUUGAAA